AUGAGAGCAGGUCGUUCACCACUGAAGAGCGCUCUCUGCUGGCUGUAUGCGAGAACUGACCUGUCAGGGGCAGCAACCGAGUUCUCUUGGACUGAAGCAAGUUCUGCAAGGCCAAACAAAGUUGGGGUUGGUCCUCACACAAUCCACGAGGCUGUGUUGAAGCACCUGUCUCCAGCACCUGCUCCUCCUGGUGUCAGAGACCAGGGGAAGCCUCAGUACCUGCGGCCCAUGGCUCCCUCCAGAGGCCUGGUCCACACAGACAGCCCAAACAUCAUGUGCAGUGGGCUGCCUCAGCACUGGAGGUGCAAUAAGAGCCUGCCGAGGACCUUCACGGUGGUGGCGCUAGGGAGUGAUGUGCCAGAUGGUGUGACAGUCACACUGAUGGCAGGUAAUGAUGAAAACUACAGUGGAGAACUGCGCAAUGCCACCACCACCAUGAAGCACGGCUCUGCCCACUUCACAGACCUACGCUUCCUCGGCCGCAGUGGUCGAGGGAAGAGCUUCAUGCUGUCCAUUAAUAUAUUGACCACUCCUCCUCAAAUUGCUACAAUACAGAGGGCCAUCAAAGUGACUGUGGAUGGGCCCCGACUGCCCCGGCGACAGAGGCAAAGAGAAGUUCGGUCAGCAGUGAUCCGAGUGCCUCACAGCCGCAGCUCCACUUCUUCAGCAGAGUGUAAGGCGUAUUCCUCCACCAUCUGGACCAGUGAGCCAUCGUUUUUGGGCCACAUGACAUCUCUGAGUUCCUCUCUGUCUCAGCACCUGCCACAUGCUUACACCCCUUCUUCUGCAGCCUAUGGCCCAUACCUUCCCUCUCCCCAGCCACCUCCCCUAAGCCAAGGAGGACCACUUUAUUAUGGAGCAAACCAGCAUGGGCCAGGAGAGGAGCGCAGCAUGUUCAAUACACUGACCAACUACAUGGAAGGAGCAUGUCUUUCCAUCAGAGGAGAGGAGCCUGUCUGGAGGCCCUACUGA